AUGAUGGUGCCAAAAGCCCAUCUACUGGACGUCCGAUCCAUCAUAGCAGCUAUUUCGUCUAUCCGACACCAAUUACAAAAGACCUUCCCGUCCAUCGAACUCUACUCUACCAACAACACUACAAGGUCUCGUAUCUGUGAUAGUGCAGCUCAAGCCAUAUUGGACAAGUUUCGGUGCAAAUUAUUUUCAGUACGAGUCCAACCUGACGUUUCGAUCUGUUUCCAGAUGGAUUAA